ACAGGAGAGGGGAAAGAAGAAUUUACGAAUUCGGUGGCAAUGGGAAUUUCUAAUUCGACUCGUUCUCUCCUCGUUUCUCUCUUUCUUUCUCUUUUACGGAAAGAAUCUGUGAAUGGAGGAGAGAGAGAGAGAGAGAGAGAGAGACGGUUCGUCGAGACGCUGGUCGCAUCGACGAUUCCGAGCGACGAGUACAAUGACGGAGUGCAAAUAGGCCCCUUUCAACCGUGCUCCGUGCCACGAACAACGAACGAUCCCGCUGCGAUCUUCAUUAUACCUCUUCGAUCUGGCUGGCACUCUGUGUCGAACGCCUUGCACGCUCUAAUCGAAUCUUUCUUCGGGCAAAGGGGCACUCGGGCCGGUGUCGGUCGGUUCGUUUCGCGUGAGCAACAUUCUUUAACCGAGCAAGCGGAGGAAAUCGGUCGUUUUCCGGAACGCAGAGUUAAACGCGGAGGAUGGUUCCAGGAAUCGCGAUAAAUUCCUUGACCGGUUACUUCCAAGAAUACGAUUCGCGCGCUCGUCCUCGGUACACGAAACGACAAACAUUCUCGACUAUCUUGUGACAAUGUUGUGUCUUUGAGAUAGAAGUGUAGUCACAGGCGUAGUAAGUACAUACGAUGUGGCCCGACCAGAACGGAGCCGUCCGACGUACGCUUCUCCUUGAUGCCCACGCGGCUCCUCGUAAAUAAUUACAAACAGCAUCCGGGAACAAGGCCGUACGUGCACCGACACGCUGCUCGCAUGCACGCGCGCGUAGAUAUAGGCACGCGUGAGCUUCACCGUAUUUACGGAGCGGCAUUGAAUUACGGCAUCGAAUAAUUCCCAUGAUGUAAUGCUCGAUAAACCAGUUUGCGGGACACGGCCGUUUAACACCCCCUGCCACCGUCGAUGCGUCAAUUCUACUCCACGCGCGUAGAAUUCACAUUUCAUCCUCCUCCUCCUCCUCCUCCUCCUCCUUGCUCCUCCAUUAACUCGUUUCCCCUAACCUCCACUUUUUUCCUUUUCCAUUAACUCCGACGACCGCCUAUCUUCGAAAAUACCGGGAGACGAUACGACCUAGGGAACGGAAGAGCGAUCCCUUCGCUUCGUUUCGCGCGAAAAUAAGAGAAGCAAAGCGAUUUGAUAUCUACCGCAGGAAUUCUCGCGAGUCACUCGUAACGAGUUCUCUCUCUCCGCGGGUAUACCUCCAUUAAACGCGAAAUUCCGUUCCGUGCCCCUCUCGCUCUCUCCCUCUCCUCCCUCUCCUCUCUCUCCUCUCUCUCUCUCUCUCGUCCUUUGCGAAAAAGUUAAAUAAAACACGUGCAUCCCUGAGGCCAUCUUGGAUUCUUCGGCGACCCCUUGGAUCAUUGCAAAAAUGCAGCACGAGGACUUCCCGUCUUCGAUUUGCUCGACGAUUUCCUACGAGUUUCGGAGAACACGAUCCAAAGAUAUGAGCCGAGAUCAACCUUUCUUUACCUUAUUACGUAUACGCGUAUUUCCCCUGGAUACGUGUUGUUGGUUAUACGGCGUGACGAGCGAGUGACGCGCCUCGCGCGGGUUGAAAGAUAAGGCCAAAGUCUAUUUGUUGUUCCCACGCGACAAAAGCGAGAGACAAAGAAGAGAAGGGUAAAAAUGAGGUAAAAGAACGUAGGAAAGGUAGUAAUGGAGAGGAAAGGAUGUAACGGAAGGAAUCCCUGGACUCGGUCAGUCUCUCGGCCACGCUCAGGUACGCGAUGUCUUUGGUAAUUUGUUUCGUCGAGUGAAGAUCAUUAAUCUGCUUUCGGUAGAUCAUCAAUAGCGCGAAAGAUAAGAGCGAUGCAACGGUGUAUCGGUAAUGGGAGCCCUCAAUAACCUCUGCGACCCUAAAAUCUCGCUCUUCCUUCUUCCUUUCCCACACUACCCAGAAACGAGGCUUCGGCCAGAGGAGGACCCUCUUCUCGCAAUCCGCCACCACCACCACCACCACCACCACCAUCACCACCAUCGCCAUCCACCUUCCCCAUCGUCCGCAUCGUCCGCAUCCUCCGGAUACGUUCCUCUUCUUUCUUUCUUUCUUUCUUUCUUUUUCUUUCUUUUUUCCUCUUUUGUCCUCGAGAUACCUUUAUACCUCUCUUUUCUCUCUUUUCUCUCUUUUCCACGUUCACGCGGGUGCUAUACACAGCUUUUACUUUAGGAGAAGCUCGUCGACUAAUUUGUACCCGCAGAUAACCACCGACCCACCGAGAAUCUUGCACCCGCCCGUGACAUCCUUACGGAGAGGACUCGGAGAGAGGCCGAGAACCCUUUGCAAAAAAAAUUGACCACUCCACCACUCGACUCGGUCGACGAGCAAAUAAACCAGCUACGCGAACCAAACCCCGAACCCCCUCUCCUUCCGUUGUCGCGACGGAAGAGAAGAACAUCGAGGGGAUACGUCCGCAUCGACGACAAACGAUCGACGAAACGUCGCCUAAAUUAAUUAACACCGCAUCGUGCAUCGUGACCGCAUCGUAACAUCGGCUACUAAUAUUAAGUCUCGAACUGUCUCUCGAGAUAACGCUGUAAGAGCGUUUUUUCUUCCGAGAUACGAAGUGGCGUUAUCGCGACGACGCGAAUGGAAAGGACGGAGCAUGAAGGAAGGAAGGAAGGAAGGAAGGAAGAAAGGUUGGAAAGAGGAUAGCGAUCGAUAGCUAUAGAAGGUGGAACACACGAAUGAUGGAAAAGAACGAGAACGGAUAUUCUCUGGCUGGCGCUCUCGGAGAGUUAUCGCAUCUUUGACCCCCGCCUCGUAAAAUUGUCUAAAGGAAAGCAGAUGACGCGAGAUGCAAGCGCGUAUUGGCCCGUGUGCACAGGGCAGGGUGCAGUGAACCGUUGGUUUGGAAAUCGUUAUCGGUCUAAACUUAAACGCGCGACCUGCUUAAUGAGCAAUUCCGUGGACGAUUGGGUAAGCGGUAAUGCCGUGGUCUGCAAAGGUAUUCCAGGGAUGACGAAGGAACAGCGCGAGCUAUGCCACAGAAAUCCGGACGUGACGGUGGCCGCGAUCAAAGGUCUGCAAAUGGCGAUAUCCGAGUGUCAGCAUCAAUUCAUGUGGCACAGGUGGAAUUGUUCAUCCUUGACGCCUAGCAGCAGGACGCAGCAGAGCAGCGUCCUCCUUCAGAGAGGUUACAGGGAGACUGCGUUCGCGUUCGCGAUUUCCGCAGCCGGGGUGGCGCACAGCGUGGCCCGGGCGUGCAGCAUGGGACGGUUGCUCUCCUGCGGAUGCGACCCGUCGAGUUACAAGGGUAAGCCGCCUUCCAAGGCCAGGGGCACGCAAUGGAAGUGGGGCGGGUGCUCGCACAAUCUCGACUACGGCAUGGAGUUCUCGAGACAGUUCCUAGAUACGCGCGAGAGGGCCGGGGAUAUACAGUCGACGGUCAAUCUUCACAACAAUCAAGCUGGCCGCUUGGCGGUGGCCAGCAAUAUGCAAGUGCGAUGCAAGUGCCACGGUAUGUCGGGUUCCUGCGAGCUCAAGACUUGCUGGAAAGUGGCGCCGGACUUCCGAAUAGUCGGGAAGACGCUCAAGGAUCGAUUUCGUAACGCUGUGCUGGUGGCGCAAAGCAACCUGGGCAGCGUGACCCCGUUGACCAGAGUGAGAGGAUCGCGGAGGAGGAGGCCGGAUCGGCAGAGGCAGAGGAAACAUCGCGGUGGAUCGGGCGGGAACGGACGAAAGAGGAGGCCUCGGGAUCUCGCCAAGCAGCUAUUUUAUUACCAAAAAUCGCCGAAUUUUUGCGAGAGAGAUCCAAGCGCGGACAUCCCUGGAACAGCGGGACGUAGGUGCAACAAGACCAGCUCCGGUGGGGACGGGUGCGGCAACCUGUGUUGCGGAAGAGGUUACAACGUGGUGAGACAACGACGGGUCGAGAGGUGCAAAUGCAAGUUUCAUUGGUGUUGCAUCGUGCAAUGUCAGAACUGCACUGUGGAAGAGUGGAUCACUGUUUGCAAGUGAAAAGGCGAAUGUCGGGGGGGAUAUCGGGGGAAGGGAAGUAUCUUGUAUUUUCGCGUGUCUCGAUGAAUCGAAACGAACGCGAUAAAUGACGAAUUGAUCCGAACGAACAUGAGCAGAAUCGCGUGUAAAUAACACUUGAUACACGGAUUAAAUCGGAUCAAGGUACGAACGGUAUUUCCGAGUUCAAUCUGAUUACCACUUCGAGUCGUCGUUAUCAAGAAUCGUUACAUUAGUAAUCAAUAGUAAAA